CUCAAAAGUUUAAGUCAAAACCAAGUCGAGUGGACAUACACUAGUUUCAUAGUUCACACGUUUUUAAAGUUGGUUAUUAAAAAAUAUUCUUCUGAAUAUUAUAUAUAAUUAUUUAUAUAAAUACUAAUGUAACUUGAUAAGGUGUUUGUUAACAAUAACAUGAAAUCAAAGUCAUUUGAAUUACCGAAACAAGCGCCAGAGAAAGCAAUAGCAGAUAAAACAUAUGACUUUAUACACUAUUAUAAGCCUGCUUCGGAGACUAAUGUUAAAUUAGUUGAUAAGCUCAAGUCGGAAGAUGUCGGAAGCAAUGAAACUACAUCUAAGAAUAAAUCUCACCUCUUCAAACGAGAGCCCUCACCAAAUAAAAAAAAGAAAAAGUUGAAAGAUGAGAAUAUAAAUACUUCAAAAAUUAAUAUAGACGGAAAUAACUUACCGCAUAGUUCUAGAAGAGAAGACGACCCCAAGGUUACAUCCACCCCUAAUGUCAGAGGUAAAAAAGAUAAUAGCGAAAAUGUUAAGUCUAUUAUGAAGAACUCAUCACCCAUGGAUAAAUCUUUUGAUAUAGCAAAAGUUAAUGCCUCUAAAAUCAAACCCAAAAAGAGAAACAAGUCAGUAAGCUUUAUGUUGGAUGAUACUGAAACUGUUGCUAUUAAGAGAUCGAAAUCAGAGCUAUCAGUAAUGGACAGCAAACUAACACAGAACAUCAAAACGAACUUUGGAUCAGCCAAAACUAAAAAACCAAAGAAAAAAACUAAGGAUGGAAAAGAAAACAAAGGUAAUGCAAAUAAUUUCAAAAUAGAAAUUGAUGCAUCACAAGAAAGCACUAAGUCAGACGCGGUAGAGACAUGUGACAUGAAGGAUAUCUCAAGUAAUGAAAAAGAAAGUGAAGAUAAAAUAGAGAUAAAGAAGAACAAAAGACAGAAAAAACCAAAACAAAUUGAUAAUUCUGCAAAUCCAGUAACAGUAAAUGGAACCCAAGCAGAUGAAGCUACAGAAAAAAAAAAGAAAAAGAAGAAACAUCAAACAAAACAAAUAAAAGAUAAAAUAGUCUCAGAAGGUGAGCCAGCAACAAAAUCUUCUAAGAAAGAUAUAAAGCCAGACGUAAUAGCACAAGACUUAGAAAAUUUAAGUAUUGGUGAUAAUGCACAUACAUUGACAAAUCUUCUUGAUGAAAUGACAGUCAUAGAUAAGAAAAAGAAAAAGCACAAAAAGCCAAAAAAGAAUAAGCAACAUAACUCUUCUGACGAUGUAACUACUGAAAUAGGUGAAACAAAAGCCGUGGAAGAGAAGGAAAAAGUAAAAUGGAUGAAACGCAAAUGGAAUAAAGACAGGAAAGGUGGAGUCAAUGAUGACAAACUUGUAACAUCAAUUGUUGUUGAAAACCUGCCCUUAAAAAUAAUGUGCAACUAUAAAAAGCUCCUUACUGAACACUUUACUACAUUCGGUCCAAUAAAAGUAGUUGGUAUUGCUGAAGUAUACUCUAUUGAACAUCCUGAAGCAUUCACAACUACUAUAAACUUUGAAAGUGAAGAUGCAGCCAAUAAGGCCUUAGAUGAAGACAAUACACUGUUUGAAGGCAACCGCAUUCGUGUAAAGCGACCCCUUCCGCCCUCACAGACGACAUUAGUUGUCAGGUCGUAUGCAGAUUUAUCAGAACCAGCGCUCAGCUCAGUCUUCACCAGCGCGGGUCGGAUAAGAAACGUUCGUAGAUUGGUCAAAGGGAAAAAGUCUAUGUCUACAGCUUUUAUCGAAUUUGAUGGUCCAGAAGCAGUGGAACGAGCUAUCAAGAUGGCGGAAGAUGUCAAAAUUGGCGGCAAAAAAAUAUUUGCUGCAAAAUUCGAAUUACGCAAUAAAAACAAAAAGUUGAAGAAAAAUGAAAAUGAUGGAGGCAGUGAUGAUUCAAGUGAUUAACAUAUCAGGCCGAGAUUUACUUCCUGAUAGUAUUUUAAAAACUUGAUCAUUUACUUAUAUACCCAUUUUAAAACUACUUUAUAAUGUAAUUUUAUACAGCUAAGUAACUAUUUUUAGUAUAACAUGUUAAAAUUACUUAAAGUAGAU